GUUUCAUUCAAAUCGAACUACCUUUUACAUUACAGGUUUCAGAGGCCACUGGAAUGACUCAGAUUCUGCUACUCCAUGACAGCAGAAGAAACCACUUGAAACUCAACCUUGACGUCACUUUUAAUAUCUGUCUCCGUUGAAUCUUUUCAACUCUUUUAACCCUUCUCCGAAACAUAGCAACUUCAACUUCUACCUUAUUCACUGCACCAUUAUUCAACUUUUUAUAAUUUUGAAAACUUUUCACACUCAGUUUUCUCAAGGACCUCAUACCUCUCUCUUAAUUUUGAAAACUUUGUUCUUCUUACUAGUAAAGCCAAAGGGUAUCAAAGUUCUGUCUCCAUUUUCUUCACCUUCACAACCCAUCAUGGUCUUGAGCAGCCUCACAAUCCCUCCAAAGACUGACGACUAUAUUGGCACUGAGAGCAGCUUGGACCUCCAAAACACAGACCGUGUUGUAGAUAACCACGAGACAUACAAAUCCAACAGAUUAGGAAAUGGGGCUUACCCCAUGAACUACACCAGAAAGAAAGAGAAUAAAGAGUUUCCUCCCCCAAUACCCUUGCCGUGGGUGUUGAAAAGGUACUACACAAGCGAGGGAAGGUUGAUUCUGAAGGGGAAGAAGGUGAAGCACCAUGAGUACUUUCGUGCUCACAGAGCCAAUGGUCGACUCACAUUGCACCUUGUUAACGUUUCCUUUGAUGACUGUGAGGAGUACUUUGAAGAAACAGCUCCAACUAGUCCACAUGAAGAGGUUUGUAUUAAUAACGUUACUCAUGAUCACACUCAUGUUGUUAAUACUAGUGAUGAUAAGUUUGAUGAUGUAGAACAAGAGAAGGUGAAUAGCAAUAGCACUGUUGCUGAUGAGUUUUCUCAGGAACAUGAAAGUGAUGUAGUACUAGCUAAAGGUAAUGGUAGAGUGAAGCGUUUGAACUUCAGCAGUGUAAGAUCAGGUCCCGCAUGUAACAAUUUUGGGUUACCAGUGCAUCCCAUUAGAACUGUUCAGGUUGAUUAAUUAGACCAGUUUAUAAUGACUUCAGUCAUUUUGUAGAUUUGGUUAACCUUGUGAAGUUAGAAUUAAAUUCAUAUGGUUAAUUUUGUUGAUCACUGACAGCUUUUGGCUU